AUGAAGACAAAUGAGUAUCAGUUAACUUCGCAAGAUAAGUCCCCAUGUUCUGUGUACUCUAGGUCGGUCACACCAGUUCACUCUCAAUCUGAAAUACAAAUUAAUUCAGAAAAUUUUUAUGUUCAUAAUAGAGAUUCUACGAGCAAAUUAUCGGAUACACCAACGCCCUCAGAAUACAACUCAUUUAGUCCGCCGCGUCCAUUAUCAGAAUUAGAUCAAAAUAUCAGUUUAAUAAACUCAGGCAGGCCAUCGAGUAUGUCACUAAUUUCAAACUGUCAAUCUUCUAUAAGCAACACUAGUGAUGCUUCUUCGGCAGUGGAGGCAUCAAGUGAAUGUUCUACACCUUCGUCGUUAAACGGUAGAAAAAGACGUCAGUUCAGUAUUGAUAGAUCAAAGAAAAGGCGAUUGAGAAAUAAAGACAAGUGGAUUGAUACAAGACGUAAAUUACUAUUAAAUUCCGGUAAACAACAUCAGUCCAGAAAUGGAAAAUUGCAACCUGCGAAACAUCUUAAGCCGGCAUGUAUUAUUUGCAAGUUUAACUGUAGCGUAAAAAUAUCUCACGAAGAUAGAAAACUUAUCUUUGAUCGUUUUUUGGAUCUCUGUGAUCACGAAAAGCAAUGGGUUUUUAUAGGUAAAUAUACAAAACGUUGUAUGAAACGAAGAAUAACUACAGAGAAUGAUUCUAAACGCCAACACAGUGUAAACUAUACACUUCCAAUAAAUUUAAAAGAAACCAGCCCUAGAACUGUAAAAGUAUGCAAAACAAUGUUUAAGAAUACGCUGUCGGUAAAUAAUCAGUUUAUACAGGUUGCUCUUGAUAAAUAUGAUAAAAGUACUGGUAACUGUGAAAAAGACUUCAGAGGUCGUCAUAACAAUAAAAACAAGCAAAAAAGAUGUGUGUUUCCUACGAGCAACGUACGGGUUGCAGGCGCAGAUGCUGCCCGUAGGAAAUUAAAACUGCAGACUGAACUAGCCACAAUUUUAAACAGCUGUGCCAAAGGAACAACAAAAAGCUCCGAUAAAUGGAUAAAGUGUUGGCAAGACGCGCAUGCGCAUGACAGCGAUGUUAAAUCUAAAGCUGCCAAAAUCCGCCGUGCUCAGCAGCAGACUGGUGGAGGGCCUGGACCUGCACCCUUAUCUGCCAUGGAGGAAUCUCUAAUGGCAUUUAUUGGCCACGAAGCAGUAGAGGGCCUUGCCGUUGCCGAUACGUUAGAGAUUCCUGAAGGUGAUGCAGAAGUAGAAGCUGGUGGUGACGAAGAUGUCCACAAUCCGGUUGUGGAUGAUAGAAAAACAACGAAAAAACAAGAUAGACUUGAAGAGUGUCUAGAAGUUCAGGCUGCAGCCAUGAAUACGCUCUCACAGUCAAUGAAUAAUUUGGCUGCAGCCAUAAUUAAUUUUGCUGCAGCCCUCAAAUCCAUGGCCAAUAAAAGUGAUGAAUGA